GCGAUACACGGGCACUACACCAGCCCAGGUGCAGUACGUAUAUCUCAGGGCCGUACAACCGGACGAUCCAUUAAUAGACGCCUACAAUCCCGCCAAAGACUUACACAAAGUCUCAUCUCGACUUCAUCCCCUCAAGUUCACCCUCAAACUUGACUUGAUUUACACCUACACGGUACCAGCCACAUCCCCAAGCAUCAAGCAUUUAGGUCAGAUACACAAUGGGACUCUACACCAAGCUUCCAAGUGACAUUCAGGAGGUUGAUGUGAUCAUUGCAGGAGGCGGUACUGCUGGCUGCGUUGUUGCUGCGAGGCUGGCGCAGGCCAACCCUAGCAUCUCCAUCUUGGUGAUUGAAGGCGGCACCAACAAUGAGGCGCCCAGCAUCACGUUUCCGGCUCUGUUUCUUGCCAAUUUGCUGCCUACCAGCAAGACCAAUCUCUUCUAUGCAGGCAUCCCAGAGGCACAGCUUGGCGGCAGAUCGCUCAUCGUCCCGUCAGGGGGUGUGUUGUCUGGCGGAUCCGGGACAAACCUACUCAUGUAUACGCGCGCACAGCGGUCUGACUUUGACUCCUGGAACACGGCGGGGUGGUCGGCGGAUGAUAUGCUGCCCUAUUUGAGAAAGCUCGAAACCUACCACGGCCCGGGACCAAAACAGGUCCAUGGGUAUAAAGGCCCUGUCCAGGUCUCAGGCGGGCCGUUCCGCGCCUUGCGCUCCGAGAGCGAUUUCAUCGCCGCCGCCAAACAGGUCGGCUGGCCCGAGAUUGAGGAUCUCCAAACCCUGGAUGCCAACAACGGCGUGCAGCGUGCAGUGCGCUAUGUCUCUCCCGAGGGCCGGCGCCAGGACGCGGCGACGACGUACGUGAAGCCGUUGCUCGCGGACAAGCACAACAAAUAUCCCAACCUGCAUGUACUCGUCGAGCAUCAGGUCGUGCGAGUCCUAGUUGAGAACAAGCGCGCAGUCGGGGUCGAGUUUCAAGCGAACCCGGAUUUCCAACCGGGCGAGACGGGCUCUACACACACGAUCCGUGCUCGGAAGCUGGUUGUGGUGUCUUGCGGUGCAUGCGGAACCCCGCUCGUGCUGGAGCGGUCGGGCAUCGGUAGCCGCGAGGUUCUGGACCGGGCCGGGGUCCAGCAAGUGGCCGACGUCCCCGGCGUUGGCCAUCAAUACCUGGACCACAACCUGGUCGUGUACCCUUACAAGUCCAGCCUGAACCCGGAUGAGACACUCGACGCUAUCGUCUCGGGCCGGGCUAAUGUCCCGGAGCUGAUCCAGAACCAGGCCCCAAUCCUGGGUUGGAACUCGAUGGAUAUCACCAUGAAGAUCCGACCGACGGAUGAGGAUGUCGCUGCCCUGGGUCCUGGAUUUCAGUCCGUUUGGGACCGCGACUUCAGGAACAAACCUGAUAGGCCUUUGGCCAUGAUGUCACUGGUCAACGCGUUCCCGGGUGACCCAUCGAGCGUUCCACCCGGACAGUACUUCGCCGUGUCGGUCUUCACCGUAUACCCAUACUCGCGCGGGCACCUGCACAUUACGGGCCCGUCAGUGGGCGACCCGCUCGACUUCGCCACGGGCUUCUUCUCCGAUGCCGGGGACAUCGACAUCAAGAAGCACAUGUGGGCGUACAAGAAGCAGCGCGAAAUCGCGCGCCGCAUGGACGUCUACCGCGGCGAAAUCGCGGCGGCCCACCCGCCGUUCCCGGCCGGGUCCAAAGCCGCGGCUAUCGACUUGGUGGACGGCCCGCUCCCGAAAGAUGUGACUGACAUUGAAUACACGGCUGAGGAUGACGCCGUGCUGGAGAAGUGGUUGCGCGAGAACGUGGGAACGACGUGGCACUCGCUUGGCACGUGCAAGAUGGCCCCGCGGGAUCAGUAUGGCGUUGUGGAUGCGAACCUCAGUGUCUACGGUGUAGAGGGCCUGAAGAUUGCUGACCUGAGUAUUCCGCCGAGCAAUGUCGCAGCCAACACUAACAACACGGCUUUGGCCAUUGGAGAAAGAGCUGCGGAUAUUUUCAUUGCGGAGCUAGGCUUGGGGGGUAAGAAAUGAUACAUAUUACUGUCAGGAAAUGUAAAUGACUUGAUGACGAAUAUGUGGAUGGGGGCCGGGGGAUGCGGCGAUGUGGGGCCGAGGGCAUUCCGGCGCGGAGCGGAGAGCCGGAAAGGUGGAGCACGGCCGGACGAGCCUCGGCCCAGGACUCCCCGGCAACUCGCAAUGGUACCUUUUGUUCCCUGUGUCUGGCACUGAAUAAAGUGAUGUUAGCACAUAGUAACUCCUACUUGGAUUU